AUGUCUGCUGCUAAACACCAAGCUGACCCCAUCAUCUUGCGCAGGUCCGAUCAAGAGCUCGCCAUCAACAUUAAGAAAGCUACCAACGCCGAAGAGAUCUCCCCGAAGCGUAAGCAUGUUCGCGCAUGCAUUGUGUAUACAUGGGACCACAGGUCGUCUGCCGCCUUCUGGGCUGGCAUUAAGGUUCAACCGAUCCUCGCCGACGAAGUCCAGACAUUCAAGGCCCUCAUUACGAUCCACAAGGUGCUCCAAGAAGGCCACCCUAGCGCCCUGAAGGAAGCGAUGGCGAACCGCGCCUGGAUUGAUAGCUUGAACCGCGGCAUGGGCGGAGGUGGUGAAGGUAUGCGCGGAUACGCGCCCCUGAUCCGCGAAUACGUUUACUACCUCCUUGCGAAGCUCUCAUUCCACCACCAGCACCCUGAGUUCAACGGAACAUUCGAAUAUGAGGAGUACCUGAGCCUCAAAGCUAUCAACGAUCCCAACGAAGGCUACGAGACCAUCAGCGACCUUAUGGUGCUGCAAGACAAGAUCGAGCAGUUCCAAAAGCUGAUCUUCUCUCACUUCCGGAACGUGGGAAACAACGAGUGCCGAAUUGCGGCUCUCGUACCCCUUGUACAGGAGAGUUACGGAAUUUACAAGUUCAUCACAAGCAUGCUGCGCGCAAUGCACUCGACUACCGGUGACGACGAAGCUCUUGAACCCCUCCGUGAACGUUACAACGCACAGCAUUAUCGCUUGGUUAAGUUCUACUACGAGUGUUCAAACCUGCGAUACCUUACCAGUCUCAUCACCAUACCCAAGCUUCCACAAGACCCUCCAAACCUCUUGGCCGAGGAUGAUGACGCCCCCGCCCUCCCCGCGCGACCGAAGCAAGAGAUUGAGCGUAAGCCAUCUCCUCUGCCGGAGCCCAAGAAUGACGCUCCCGAUGAGAUGAAUGAGUUUUGGAAGAGCGAGUUGGAUCGCCAGAACCGAGAGUACGAAGAGCAGCAGCGCAUUCUUGAGCAGCAGCAACAACAAGCUCUCUUGGCGCAACAGCAGGCGCAGAUGCAAGCGCAGCGCGAGUUCGAACAGCAGCAACAACAGCUCAUGGAGCAGCAACAGCGAGAGCAGGAGGCGCUCAUGGCGCAGCAAGCUCAAUGGCAGACUCAGGGGCGCCUUGCGGAGCUGGAGCGUGAAAACCUCAACGCGCGGGCUCAGUAUGAGCGUGACCAGUUGAUGCUGCAGCAAUACGACCAGCGAGUCAAGGCUCUGGAGGGUGAGCUGUCACACAUCCAAAACAGUCUUGGCCAGCAAAUGAACAGCAAGGAUGACCAGAUCCGAGCUCUCCAGGAGCAGGUCAACACAUGGCGGACGAAAUACGAGGCCUUGGCGAAGCUUUACUCUCAACUUCGACAUGAGCAUCUCGAUCUUUUACAGAAAUUCAAGGCAGUUCAGCUCAAGGCGGCCAGCGCACAGGAGGCCAUCGACCGACGCGAGAAGCUCGAGCGUGAGAUCAAGACGAAGAACCUGGAGUUGGCCGACAUGAUCCGUGAGCGUGACCGCGCUCUUCAUGACAAGGAUCGCGCGAGUGGCAGCAGCAAGGAUGAAGUUGAGAAGCUUAGGCGUGAGCUCCGUCUCGCUCAAGAAAGGGCCGACAACCUCGAACGCAGCAAGGGCAACGAGCUUUCGACGAUGCUUUCCAAGUACAACCGUGAGAUGGCGGAUCUCGAGGAGGCGCUACGAAACAAGUCGCGCCAGCUUGAGGACGCCCAGAUGAACGUCCGAGAUGGUAGCUCUGAUCUCGAGCAGCUUCUCAGAGACAAGGAGGAGGAGCUUGAGGUGUAUAAGGCUGGCAUGGACCAGACACUCAUUGAGCUCAACGAGCUCAAGAUGAACCAGGGUGAUACUGAUAAUGCUCUUGACGGACAAAUUGAUGCGCUUAUCAUGUCGAACCUCGACAAGAUCAACGACAUCAUCGACUCGGUUCUUCAGGCUGGCGUUGCGCGCGUGGAUGAUGCUUUGUACGAGUUGGACUCCAACAUGCAAGCUGGUAACCAAAAUGCAUCUCCAUCUUACGUACUGUCACAGAUCGAAAAGGCAUCAGCCAGUGCUAUGGAGUUUGCUACGUCCUUUAACAAUUUCAUUGCGGAUGGUCCCAACGCGACACACUCGGAACUCAUCAAAGCUAUCAACGUUUUCUCUGGCGCAAUUGCCGACGUGUGCAGCAACACCAAGGGUCUCUCCCGUUUGGCUACGGAUGACAAGAAGACCGACUCACUUAUGAACGGAACCCGACAGCCUGCCAUAUCAGCGGUCCAGUUCCUCCGAGGCCUCCAGAGCUUCCGACUCGAAGGCAUGGAUCCCCUGCAGAAGACCGAUGUGGUCAUCAACAACAAUAAUGAUGUUCAGAUGAACCUGCAGAAACUCAACAAGCUGACAGCAGACGGUGUCAUCUCUGGCCGCAACAGCCCAGAGCAGCUCAUCGUGGCCUCGAACGAUGUGGCGGCCUCGACCGCCCAGCUCGUGGCUGCAAGCAGAGUCAAGGCCGGUUUCAUGUCAAAGAGCCAAGAAAAGCUCGAGCAGGCCAGCAAGGCCGUGGGUUCCGCUUGUCGAGCACUGGUGCGCCAGGUCCAGAGCCUGAUCAAGGAGCGCAGCCAGGAGGACGACCAGGUAGACUACACCAAGCUUGGCGCGCACGAGUUCAAGGUGCGGGAGAUGGAACAGCAAGUCGAGAUCCUCCAAUUGGAGAACGCCUUGGCAUCGGCUCGUCAUCGUUUGGGCGAGAUGCGGAAGAUCUCAUACCAGGAAGAGUAA